AUGGCACUCCACCCGUUUGACUCGGUCAAGGACUACGAGAUCAGAGCCGCUUCUAAGGCGGUUAAAGACGCCCACCCGGCGCUGGACGACGUCCACUUUGUGCAAAUUGACCGGUUAGACCCGCCCAAGAAGGACAUGAUCCGCUACUUGGAUGCCGAACACUCGGGUUUGCCCGUUCCUGAAAUCCCCAGAGUGCUCUACUUGUACUACUGGACUAAAGGGUCCACGUUCAACAAGGCGUUGGUCAACGUGACCAUGGGCCACGUUAUCACCAAGCAAGAAUUGCCCAAGGGGGUGGUCGGCCCCAUCUUGCCCGACGACAUGGUGGAAAUGGAAGAGUUCUGCCUCAAGCACCCCAGAGUCCAGGAAGAGAUCGCUAAGCUUAAGUUGCCUCAGGGUUACGCGGUGAGAACCGACCCCUGGAUUUAUGCUACCGACGACCCUAACGAAAAGAGACCGCUUUUGCAAUUCUUCAUGUACGUGGCUGCUGCCAACGGCCACUCCGAAUCGAACCACUACUCGUUACCCCUCAAAUUCUCCCCCGUAUUUGAAAUGUUCACGAAAAAGUUCGAAAGAAUGGACUACUUGCCCGGUGGCUACGACGAAAAGACUGUCCCCACUCAACCGUGGCAACAGGUGCCCGCUGUCGAAUACUACCCCGGUAUUAACGGUGUCGAACAAACCCGGGUGGUGAAGCCGUUGUACAUUGACCAACCCGAAGGUCCUCUGUACACCGUCAAGGGCGAGUUGAUCGAAUGGCAAGGCUGGAGAUUCAGAGUGCUGACCAACUGCCGUGAAGGGUUUGCCAUCUACGACGUCUCGUUCAAGGGGAGACUGUGCUUCUACCGGAUGUCGCUUUCGGAAAUGACGGUGCCCUACGGUGACCCCAGAAAGCCCUACCACCGUAAGCAAGCGUUUGAUUUGGGUGACUGUGGUUUCGGCUCUUUCGCCAACAGUUUGGCUCUUGGCUGCGAUUGCUUGGGGACGAUCUCUUACUUGGACGGCAUGGGCAUCCACGGCAACGGGGAGCCUUUUGUCAUCCCCAACACCGUGUGCUUGCACGAACAAGACGACGGUAUUUUGUACAAGCACGUCAACUACCGUACCAACAACGCCGUCAUUGCUCGUAAGAGAGAAUUCGUGGUGCAAACGAUCGCCACCGUUGCUAACUACGAGUACGUGAUCAACUUCAAGUUUGCCAACGACGGUCUGAUUAACGUCGAGACCAGAGCCACCGGGAUCUUGCUGACGAUGCCCAUUGACGAGAACGUCACCGUCCCCUGGGGUACUGUCGUUGGUCCUAACGUCAUGGCCGCCUACCACCAGCACAUCUUGCUGUUCCGUUUCGACCCCGCCGUCGACGGUCACAUGAACACUGUUGUCUACGACGACACUGUUAAGAUGCCUCGUGACCCCGUGCUUAACCCUUACGGCAUUGGCUUUGUUGAGCAACGCAAUAUCGUCGAAAAGCCUGGCUACGUCGAACAAGCGCCGUUGGAACACCGCACGUACAAGAUCAUCAACGAAAACGUCGUCAACCCCGUGUCCAAGGGUCCCGUUGGGUUCAGAGUGGAAAUGCCGGCGAGACAGAUGUUGCUUGCCGACCCCGACUCGUUCAACGCCAAGCGGGCUCAAUUUGCCACUCAGCAAUUGUGGGUGACCAAGUACCACGACAACGAGUUGUACGCUGCCGGUGAGUUCACCAACCAGCUGCAGGCCGACUCGGGUGUGGGUGUGUGGGCCAAGCGUGACGAAAACGUCCGCAACGACGACGUGGUGGUGUGGGCCACCCUCGGGUUCACCCACAUCCCCCGGGUGGAGGACUUCCCCGUGAUGCCGGUGGAAGUGCACAACAUCAACUUGUGCCCGUUCAACAUGUUCGACAAGAACCCCGCGUUGGACUUGCCCCAGCUGACCCAGCUGUUCAACAAGCUGAAGUUGUACGACAGCAAGACUGUCGAAGCCAAGCCCUGUUGCAAGAACAACCUUUAA